AUGCAUUUCAAGACCGUUGCUACCUCGCUCCUCGUGGCCGGAGCGGCCGCCUCCCCCUUCCGCCGCCAGACCUCGAACGAGACCUUCUGCGAUGAGGACCUCCCCGCCCCUCAGCCGAGCAGCACCAAGGCUCACUUCCCGCCUUACCCCGUGAACACCACCAUCCCCGGUGUUCCCACUACUCCCGGCGGCUCUUAUCCUCCCCCCUCAAACCCCGGAAACGGAGGCAACACUGGUUCCGGCUCAGGCUCUGGCUCUGGCUCCGGCUCUUCUGGUUCUGGCUCCGGUUCCAACACUGGUUCCGGAUCUGGCUCCUCUAGCUCCGGCUCCAACACGGGCUCCAACACUGGGUCCAACACCGGGUCCAACACCGGCUCUUCCACGGGUUCCUCGACUGGAUCUAACACCGGUUCCAACACUGGAUCUAACACUGGAUCUAACACCGGUUCCAACACUGGUUCCAACACUGGUUCCAACACUGGUUCCAACACUGGAUCUAACACUGGUUCCAACACUGGUUCCGACAAGGGCUCCGACAAGGGCUCGGAUAAGGGCUCCGACAAGGGAUCUGACAAGGGCUCCAACGGCGGCUCUUACCCCGGAGGAGGCAAGCCUGGAUCCGGCGGCUCGUGGCCUUCCGCUGCUCCCUCCGCUGCCGCCUCUGCCCCUGCCGGCAACGUCCCCUCGUACCCGGGCAAGCCUCCUGGUGGCUCUUCUUACAUUCCCUUCCCCCAGAACACCAGCAUCCCCACCGCUGCUCCCUCCUUCACCACCGUUCCCGGUGUUGCUCUUCCCACCGAGCCCAUUGCCGUUCCCAGCACCACCGUCCCCGCUGGCAACAACGACACCAUCCCGGCCUCCACCUCCAGCACGGCCUCCGGAUCCGCCUCCGCCAGCGCUACCGCCCCGGCCACCAACAUCCCCUACGGUGUUGCCAUUACCAAGUGCACUGUUGAGGGUGACUUCGCUCUGACCUUCGACGACGGCCCGUUCACUUACACCGAGCACGUCCUCGACCUCCUCGCUGAGGCUGGCGCCAAGGCCACUUUCUUCGUCAACGGCGAGAACUUUGGCAACAUCAACAACUUCCAGGAUGUCGUCAAGCGUAUGGUCGCCGACGGCCACCAGAUUGGCUCGCACACCUACAGCCACCCCGACCUCGCCACACUGGGCGAUGCCGACAUCAUCCCUGAGAUGACUACGCUCGAGGAUGCUCUCAUCAACAUCAUUGGAAAGUACCCCACUUACAUGCGCCCUCCUUACUUCAGCUGGAACGACAACACCCUCUCCAUCCUGAAGGCGCUUGAGUACCACGUUAUCCACGCCGACAUCGACUCCCUCGACUACGCCAACAACGCUCCCCUCGGCAACCUUACCAGCGUCGGCAUCUUCGAGAAGGGUGUCGAUGCCGGUGGUUCCAUUGCCCUGGCCCACGAGGUUCACCAGAACACCGCCGAGUACCUUGUCCCCGAGUUCCUCCGCAUCAUUAAGGAGAAGGGCCUGAACGCCGUCACCGUCGGCGAGUGCCUGGGCGACGCCGAGGCCAACUGGUACAAGACCAAGCGCACCUCCACCCCCACCGCCACCGCCUCCAAGAUCGUCGUCUCCAUCACCAGCACCGCUACCCCCACCGGCGUCAUCGGCCCCGACGGCGCCUGCGGUGGCUCCAACAACUACGUCUGCGAGGCUGGUGCCUGCUGCUCCGAGUACGGCUUCUGCGGCACCUCCCAGGCCUACUGCGGUACCGGCUGCCAGCCCCUCUUCGGCGUCUGCGGUGUCGCCGGCCCCGUUGCCUCCGGCGGUGAUGCCACCUCCAGCGCCCCCGCUGCUACCCAGACCGCUGCCACCGGCGGUGUCAGCCCCGACAGCUCCUGCGGUGGCUCAAACGGCUACACCUGCCCUGACAGCACCUGCUGCUCUGAGUACGGCUUCUGCGGAACCACCACUGCUCACUGCGGCACCGGCUGCCAGCCCAUCUUCGGUACCUGCUCUUAA